AUGACGUCAAGUUCGCCCAUUGGCUUGGAAGGUUCAGACCUGUCUUCCGUCAACACCAUGAUGUCAGCAGUAAUGAGUGUAGGGAAGGUUGCGGAGAAUGGCGGGAGCCCCCAGAGCAUCAAGUCCCCCAUGAAGCCACCAGGACCAAACCGGAUUGGCCGAAGGAACCAGGAAAUGAAAGAAGAGAAGUCUUCCUACAACUGUCCCCUGUGUGAGAAGAUUUGCACUACACAGCACCAGUUAACUAUGCACAUUCGCCAGCACAACACAGACACCGGCGGGGCAGACCAUUCGUGCAGCAUCUGCGGGAAGUCCCUGAGCUCGGCCAGCUCCCUGGACCGCCACAUGCUGGUGCACUCUGGCGAGAGGCCUUACAAGUGCACUGUGUGUGGCCAGUCUUUCACCACCAAUGGGAACAUGCACAGACAUAUGAAGAUUCAUGAGAAGGACCCGAACAGUGCUACCACGGCAGCCCCGCCAUCCCCACUGAAGCGCAGGCGGCUGUCCUCCAAAAGGAAACUGAGUCAUGAUGCCGAGUCUGAGAAAGAAGACCCAGCGCCUGCUAAAAAGAUGGUGGAAGAUGGGCAGUCAGGUGACUUGGAGAAGAAGGCAGAUGAAGUGUUCCACUGCCCAGUGUGUUUCAAGGAGUUUGUUUGCAAGUAUGGACUGGAGAGCCACAUGGAGACCCACUCAGAUAACCCUCUAAGGUGUGACAUUUGCUGUGUCACCUUUCGGACACAUCGAGGACUGCUACGCCACAACGCGCUUGUCCACAAGCAGCUUCCCAGAGACGCAACGGGAAGGCCUUUCAUCCAGAACAACCCUUCCAUUCCUGCUGGCUUCCAUGACUUGGGGUUCACCGACUUCUCCUGUAGGAAGUUUCCUCGGAUUUCUCAGGCCUGGUGUGAAACAAACCUGCGAAGGUGCAUCAGCGAGCAGCACCGUUUUGUCUGUGACAUCUGCGACAAGGCAUUCCCCAUGCUCUCCUCGCUCGCCCUGCACAAGCAGACCCAUGUCGCUGCGGACCAGGGACGGGAAAGGUUGCAAGCCAAGACCCUACCUGAUGACGCCGUGGACCAGAAGGUCUUCCUGGCCUUGCUGGGCCUGCAGCACACCAAAGACGUCAAGCCCGUCCCAGCUGAGGAGCCCCCGCCGGAUGACAACCAAGCAAUACAGUUCCAGGCACUCAAGUGUCAGCUACCUCAGGAACCUGGCUGCGCCAACGUGCUGAGGCUGUCUCCUUUCGAAGCUUCCUCCCUGGGCAGUUCUCUCACAGUGCUCCCGGCUGCCAAGGGGAGCAUGAAGCACCUGUCCCUGCAGCCUUUCCAAAAGGGCUUCAUCAUUCAGCCUGACAGUAGUAUUGUGGUCAAGCCCAUCUCCGGGGAGUCGGCCAUUGAGCUGGCUGACAUCCAGCAGAUCCUGAAGAUGGCAGCCUCAGCGCCCCCUCAAAUCAGUCUUCCGCCUCUCUCCAAGGCCCCCGUCACCCCUCUGCAGGCGAUUUUCAAACACAUGCCCCCUCUGAAGCCAAAGCCCCUGGUCACGCCGCGGACGGUGGUGGCCACCUCAACACCCCCCCCUCUCCUCAGCGCCCAGCAGGCCUCCCCCGGCUGCAUCAGCCCCAGCCUGCCCCCGCCGGCCCUGAAGCUCCUCAAAGGCUCGGUGGAGGUGGCCUCCAGCACAAACCUGCUGCAGUCCAAGUCCGGGGCCCAGCCGCACACGGCUAUGCAGCUCUUCCUGCAGCAGCCCCGCGCAGAGCUGCCGGGUCAGGCUGAGAUGAAGACGCAGUUGGAGCAGGACAGCAUCAUCGAGGCCCUGCUGCCCCUGAGCAUGGAGGCCAAGAUCAAGCAGGAGAUAACAGAGGGGGACCUCAAAGCCAUCAUGACGGCCCCCGGCAGCAAGAAGUCGCCAGCCAUGCGCAAGGUGCUCUACCCCUGUCGCUUCUGUGACCAGGUGUUUGCCUUCUCCGGGGUGCUGCGCGCUCACGUGCGCUCCCACCUGGGCGUCUCUCCAUACCAGUGCAACAUCUGCGACUACAUCGCGGCCGACAAGGCCGCGCUCAUCCGCCACCUGCGCACGCACAGCGGCGAGCGGCCCUACAUCUGCAAGAUCUGCCACUACCCCUUCACCGUCAAGGCCAACUGCGAGCGGCACCUGCGCAAGAAGCAUCUCAAGGCCACCCGCAAGGACAUCGAGAAGAACAUCGAGUAUGUGACCAGCAGCGCCGCAGCGAUGGUGGACGCCUUCUGCUCCCCUGACACAGUGUGCCGGCUGUGCGGGGAAGACCUGAAGCACUACCGCGCUCUGCGCAUCCACAUGCGCACGCACUGCGGCCGCGGCUUGGGCGGCUGCCCCAAGAGCCACAAGCCGUUUGAGUGCAAGGAGUGCAGCGCCACCUUCUCAGCCAAGCGCAACUGCGUCCACCACAUCCUGAAGCAGCACCUGCAUGUGCCGGAGCAUGACAUCGAGAGCUACAUCCUGGCGGCAGAUGGCCUGGGCCCCAAGGAGGCCCCUGUGGCUGAGGCCUCGGGGAGGGUGGAGGAGGGCAGCGGAGCCUUUGGGGAACGCAAACCCCUCGCCGCCUUUCUGGAGGCCCAGAAUGGCUACCUUCAUGCGGGCCCCACCCAGCCUCCGCCUCCUGUCUCUGUCAAGUUGGAGCCGGCCAGCAACUUCUCAGUGGACUUCAAUGAGCCUCUGGACUUCUCCCAGAAGGGCCUGGCCCUGGUCCACGUGAAGCAGGAAAACUCGGCCUUCUUCCUGAGCCCCUCUUCCUCGGCCCCCUAUGACUGCUCUAUGGAGCCCAUUGACCUGUCCAUCCCCAAGAGCUUUAGGAGAGGAGACAAGGAGUCAGCUGCUCCCAGUGAAGCCAAGAUGCCUGAGCAGGAACCAGGGAGUGGGGAGCAACUCUCUCCCGGUCCACCUCCGCGCCCUACUCUGCCAGUGACCGUGGGGUCCAGUGGGAUCCUGGAGAAACCCUUGGCCCUUUCGGCAGCAGCCUCCUCAGCCACUACUCUGGAAGCCCACGCUCAGCCCCUGCAGAGCUCCGUUCAGGUCACUGUCCCCAUCUACUCACCUGCCCUCAUCAACAGCUCCCCUCUCGUGGGCAGCUCCACCCUGAUAAGCAGCCCAGCCUUGCUGAGGCCUCUGCGCCCCAAGCCCCCCCUGCUGUUGCCAAAGCCCCCUCUGACAGAAGAGCUGCCCCCGCUGGCCUCCAUUGCCCAGAUCAUCUCAUCUGUGUCCUCAGCCCCCACCUUGCUCAAAGCCAAGGUGGCUGACCCAGGGCCCACAGGCACCAGCAGCAACACCACAGCUUCAGACAGCUUAGGAGGCACCCCUGCCCCCACUGAGACCACUAGCCCCAAAGAAUCCAGCGACCCACCCCCUGCUGCCGACAGUCCAGAGGCAGCUUCACCCACUGGGCAGGGGCCAGCUGGCUUGUCAAAGAAGAGGGGCCGGAAAAAAGGGCUGAGGAGUCGGCCCCGGGCCAGCAAUGGUGGAGUAGACCUGGAUUCCAGCGGGGAAUUUGCCAGCAUUGAGAAGAUGCUGGCUACCACAGACACCAACAAGUUCAGUCCAUUUCUGCAGACAGCAGAGGACGACGCUCAGGACGAGUUGGCUGGCACCCCUGCUGACCACAACGGGCCCAGUGAUGAAGAGCAGGGCAGCCCCCCAGAAGACAAGCUGCUGAGGACAAAGCGGAACUCUUACGCCAACUGCCUGCAGAAGAUCAACUGUCCCCACUGCCCUCGAGUCUUCCCUUGGGCCAGCUCCCUCCAGAGGCACAUGCUCACACACACUGGUCAGAAACCCUUCCCUUGUCAAAAAUGCGAUGCCUUCUUUUCUACCAAAUCUAACUGUGAACGCCACCAGUUGCGCAAACAUGGAGUUACCAACUGUUCCCUGAGAAGAAACGGGCUUAUUCCCCAGGCAAAAGAGAGUGAUGUUGGAGCCCAUGAUAGCACAGACAGCCAGUCAGAUGUGGAGACAUCAGCUGCAGGAGGCGAAGUGCUGGACCUCACCUCCCGGGAGAAAGAGCAGCCGUGUUCCGAAGGGGGCCCUGAGCCCAGCCAGGUCCAAGGAGAGGUCCCCGGGGAGGAGCUGACUCGGGCAGCAGCCGAGGCCAUGGAUGGGGAGGAGCAGGCAGCCGAGGAGAGCCCGGAGCCCGAGGAGAAUCAUGAUGUGAAGGAGGGGGAGGAGGAUGAAGAAGAUGGCCCCGAGGAAGAUACGGUCAGCAACAAGAGCCUGGACCUCAAUCUCGCCAGCAAGCUGAUGGGCUUCAAGCUGGCCGAGGGCGACCCUGGGGCUGUGGCCAGCGGGGGCUCGGCCCAGCAGGACCAGAAGCACGCCUGCGACAUCUGUGGCAAGAGCUUCAAGUUCCUUGGGACCCUGAGCCGCCACCGGAAGGCCCAUGGCCGCGAGGUGCCCAGGGGGGAGAGCCCGUUCCCGCAGGAGGGCCAGGGCGAGAGGGGGGCUGCCGAGGGGCCGGGGCCUGUGCCCACUGCCCCCGCCCCGGAGCCAGAGGAGAAGCCCGAGCCCCCGGCCGAGGGGGAGGCCGGGUCAGAAGGCUCCACAGAGAAGCAGAGCGAGGAGGCUGAGGGCACCUCCGACGGGGAGGGCACGGCCGAGAAGAAGUCCUCAGAGAAGAGUGAUGAUGACCAGAAGCCAAAGACAGACGCCUGCAGAAGUGUGUCCAGCAAGGCAGACAAGAGGAAGAAGGUCUGCACCGUGUGCAACAAGAGGUUCUGGUCCCUGCAGGACCUGACCCGGCACAUGCGGUCCCACACGGGAGAGAGGCCCUACAAGUGCCAGACCUGCGAGCGGACCUUCACCUUGAAGCACAGCCUGGUUCGCCACCAGCGUGUCCACCAGAAGGCCAGGCACGCCAAGCACCACGGGAAGGACAGUGACAAGGACGAGCGGGGUGAGGAGGACAGCGAGAGCGAGUCCACCCACAGCGGCAACAACCCGGUCUCGGAGAGCGAGGCGGACGCGGCCGUGCCGGCCAGCAACCACAUGGCCGUCACGCGGAGCCGCAAGGAGAGCCAGGCCCGGGACGCCGGCCGCAGGGAGGACCGGGCAGCGGGCCGGACGGCUGGCGCCGGGCAGGCGGAGGCCGGCAGGAGCACGCCCAAGGCCGCCCCCCCGGAGCAGGCGCCUCAGGGUGACCCCGACCCGGAGAGCCCGGCGGCCCUCACGCAAGACCUGCCGGAGCUGGACGGCAAGAGGCCUGCCCUCCCCGUCCUGGCCGCCGACGCCGCCUCGCCGCUGCUGGGCGUGGAAUGA